AGCAACCAAAUUUAGUUUCUGUUAGUUUUUGACUCAACAGCAAGGCUUUUCUACUUCUCUCUGCUCUUCAUACGAAUAAACGAACGAAAUGGCAAGCGAUAUGUCAGUAUGCGGCAAGGUACGAAGAGGAUACCUAAGAACUAUGUCGACCGUGAACAAAAACGUCUUUGGCGGCAACGUUGGUAAAAUGGUCAAAGAAAAUCCUAAGUACACAUUGGACGGGAAUCGUAUAGCACAUUUCCCCUGUUUCGAGUGGAAAGAGAAAUCUGAUGAACCAGUGAUCUAUGGUAACCAUGAACCAAAUCAGCAUGUCACGGAUGGUACAGAUGAACCAGCCAAAGCAGAGACUGAAAUGCAGGACGCACCUCUAAUCUCUCGUUAUUACCUAGAUUUGGAGUGUCCCAACAGACUCAAAGAUGAAUUGAAACAAUUCGAAAAAUAUAUGAAGAACUAUAAAAUUGUACCUGACCUUCAGAAAAUUCGAGGAAUGGGGUUUACAGUUGGUGUAGGAUCUGGAACUUCUGAAUUAAUGAUCCGAUUUGCAAGGUUGAAUAGACGCAUGCUCAUUUUGGAACCUCUACCUGUGUAUAAACACUUUACGAUACAACGACCUAGGGCGCAUUUGGAACGUAUUCGAGAGGGAGCGAUCAGUGACUUUGAUCACACGCACUAUCCCACAUACCUGAUCAUGAGGUCCAAAAGAAACACCGAACUACUACAACAGUGUGAGCCUCUCAUUCGCAGAAAUGGUUUCCAAACGUCAAGUAAAGGAGAGCAUGCGAUUAAGAAUCUUGAUAGCGUGUUUCGUGCACACGAUAGACUUUCUGAAGUUACUAAAUACUUUAGCGCAUUGAAGGAAUCAGUUGAUUCUUCUUUGGAAAGGGAAGGAUUUAAAGACAAUGUUCUCCAUGGGAAUGUUAUUCACGCCAGAAUGUGUGCUGACCCCAUUGGACACGCCUCUCUUGAUAAAGCGUGA